GCACGUCCAGGAAGAAAUUCUGGCGUAGCUAUAAAACGAUAGCAGUGUUUUGUGCGCAACAUAUUCUGCACAGUGUGUGGUCUAAACACUGAAUUGUGAAGAUGGCUGACGACAGAGAUAAAGCUACUGACCAAAUGAAGACAUGGAAGGCGAAUCGAGGUUCUCAGAAACCAGAUGUGCUGACCACAGGCGGUGGCCAUCCAGUGGGAGACAAAUUGAACUUGCAGACUGCAGGACCAAGAGGACCGCUGCUGGUUCAAGAUGUAGUCUUCACAGAUGAGAUGGCCCACUUUGACCGUGAACGAAUCCCAGAGAGAGUGGUCCAUGCCAAAGGGGCAGGGGCGUUUGGCUACUUUGAGGUCACUCAUGACAUCACUCGCUACUGCAAAGCCAAAGUGUUUGAGCAUGUCGGCAAGACUACACCAAUUGCUGUCCGCUUCUCCACUGUGGCUGGAGAGUCUGGAUCUGCAGACACUGUGCGUGACCCUCGAGGUUUUGCAGUCAAGUUUUACACUGAAGAUGGCAACUGGGACCUGACGGGCAACAAUACCCCAAUUUUCUUCAUCAGGGAUGCCAUGCUGUUCCCAUCCUUCAUCCAUUCCCAGAAGCGCAAUCCCCAAACCCACAUGAAAGACCCUGACAUGGUGUGGGACUUCUGGAGUUUGAGGCCUGAGAGUCUGCAUCAGGUGUCUUUCUUGUUCAGCGAUCGAGGUUUGCCUGAUGGCCACCGUCACAUGAAUGGCUACGGCUCUCACACCUUCAAACUGGUCAAUGCCGAUGGUGAACGUGUCUACUGCAAAUUCCACUAUAAGACUGAUCAAGGAAUAAAGAAUUUGACGGUGGAAGAUGCAGACCGCCUGGCAGCUACCAACCCAGAUUAUGGAAUUGCAGACCUGUUCAAUGCUAUUGCUAAUGGAAACUACCCAUCCUGGACCUUUUACAUCCAGGUCAUGACCUUUGAGCAGGCUGAGAAGUUCCGGUUCAACCCGUUUGAUCUUACAAAGGUUUGGUCACAUAAAGAAUACCCACUGAUCCCUGUGGGCAAACUGGUUCUGAACAGGAACCCAGUCAACUACUUUGCAGAGGUGGAGCAGGCGGCCUUUGACCCAAGCAACAUGCCACCAGGCAUCGAGCCCAGCCCUGACAAGAUGCUGCAGGGUCGCCUCUUCUCCUACCCAGACACGCAUCGUCACCGGCUGGGGGCAAACUACCUGCAGAUCCCUGUCAACUGCCCCUUCAGGGCUCGUGUGGCCAACUACCAGCGUGAUGGUCCGAUGUGCAUGCAUGACAACCAAGGUGGCGCUCCAAACUACUACCCUAACAGCUUCAGUGCCCCAGAGACUCAGCCUCAGUUUAUGGAGUCCAAGUUCCAAGUGUCUGCAGAUGUUGCUCGUUACAACAGCUCAGAUGAAGACAAUGUCACACAGGUAAUGAUGAUUGAACAGGAUCUGUAGACGUGUGACACAGAG